CAAAACUCACUUGUUGACAUUGGUCAAAUGUGUGGAGGCGUAUUUUUUUUUUUAGAAUAUGGGAGGAAAAAAUUUUACUGACUCGCCUAGGAUUGGCUAAAAGCACUGCAAGGGAUGUGUUUUUGAGAAUUCAGGAGGAAAGUUUUCCUCCAAUCAUAUGAUUUUCACAAAAAGUUAAGGAAAGGGAGAGCCGUGCUUUUCUAAAUAAAUACCACGGGUGUUGCUGCAGAGCGUCAGUUCAAGAAUAUUCUCCGAUUUUUCUUAACCCAGUGAAAAUUAGUAACAGACAGGAUGGCUCUUCCAAGGCAAAGUGGUCUGCGUAAUAUGCGGGAGCGCAUAAGGACGCUGAUAUCUAACGCACCAACUCUAAUGAUGAUGUUGGACCACGCAGCAUGGGCGCUAGACGCCAUAGACUCAUUGCCACCGAUACCUCCAAUGGCUGCGAUGCAAAAUUUGUAUCCUACAGGCAGUCGUAACCAUCCCGUUUCAAGUGCAAGUCCGAGAAGGGGCUCUCGCUCACGUUCGAGUUCAAGCUCGAGUUCAAGCUCAUCGUGCUCGAGUUCUAACUGGAGUUCAAGUGUAAAGUCGAAGAAACGAGGAUCGAGUAACACGUUUUGGCAGGAAGAAUCGUUGGUCCGUGCGAGUUUGCCUAAACUAGAGCAAAUGAGCAUCGGCAAGAGCAACAGCAACAGCAACAGUAACAGCAACAUCAACAGUAACAGCAACAGUAACGACAGUGGCAGAAAAAGGAAAGCGGAGGAUAAAGCAGAAGGUCAAAUAAAAAAGCCUUGUGAUGAGAUGAAAAAAUCAGAAAAGCCUUCAACGCAUUCUAAUACGGAAGUCAAGAAAGACGUUAGAGUUCCUCUUUCGGUUUCCUCGCUGUUCAACGCAGAUGUAAAAGCCUCUUCAUGAUAAUAAGGAUCAUGCCCAUUCGUCAAAGCGAGGCUUGCUGAGGCUGGAUCGCAGCAAGGGGAAGGACAAUGCACCUGCUCCACCGAAGGCAGCAGCAACGGCAUCUCGAGGGAAAGUAGCACCGUCAUCAUUGCACAAAACAGAGGCAGGUCCAUCCCAACCCAAAAUCCCGCCACGCAUAAUAGAGGACAUCACGUUCCUCGAUUAGCAAUUUAUAAUAAUAUA